AUGACUAUUCGCAUCGUUUCAUACAAUAUUUUAGUUCCAAUAUAUGCUUCUCUACCCUAUUAUUAUCAUAAAUCAGAACGACGAUACCUCGAAACUGAUUACCGAUGGAAUUUAAUUACGUCACAAUUAAAGCAAGAGAUCAAUGACCAUGAAAAUACAAUCAUUUGUUUACAAGAACUGUCUCGAACAUUGAUUUCAAAGUGUGAGGAAUUCUUUCGCGAAUUAAAUUACACGUUCUAUUACGAUCUGUAUGGUCAAAUAUACAAUAACUAUAUGGGCGUAGGUAUUGCCGUACCAGCAUCCAUAGAAAUCAAUCACAUGUCAAUGCUCAAGAUCUCCGAUCAUAUACGGUCAUUGAGUAGACCUCGAGAAACGCUCUCGGGUAUAUUUUCAUGGAUACGGCCUUGGUAUAAUUUCAUAAGUGGAACUCUUUCUCAAAGUACGAAUGAUCCAUGGGAAACAGCAAUGAGUAAAAAUAAUACACUUAUCUGUCUUCAGGUGACGGUUGACAGCAAAUCGCUAUACAUUGGAGUAUAUCAUAUGCCGUGUUUAUAUAAAACUCCUGACGUCAUGAUGAUCCAUUCGUCGAUUGUUAAAGAUCUCAUGUUUAAACUAGCAGACGGCAAAGAUUUAAUCCUAGCAGGCGAUUUCAAUAUUGAACCGCAUAAUUCUUGUUACAAUAUGUUAACCGGAAAAGAUGUUUCUGGUUAUAAAUUUCCUGUAUCGAGCUCUUAUGAAAUCUUUUAUCAAUUAAAUAGUGAACAAACCUUGAAAAGUGCGUAUCGAGAAAAGAAUGGUCAAGAACCUUCGUACACAAAUUAUUCGAACAUAAUCAAAUCAUCGACAUAUUGUGGAACACUCGAUUACAUAUUCUACCGCGGCGAUCUUACGGUACAAGAUGUAUUAGAUGUACCAGAACGUCCGGCCAGUGAAUCAUAUCCAGAUGAAACUCAUCCAUCGGACCAUCUAAUGAUUGCAGCAACAUUUCGACUAGUAUAG